AUCCGAUAUUGUCCGCCGUUCAUCGAUGUGUUCGCAGCUCAUGGGCUCUCUCAAUUGCCAUGUCCUGUUGUACGGGCAGAGGACAUUUUGCAUUCAUACAGUCAUGCUCCCUCGACAUUGUCUGCAUUGCAAACUCGCAUUGCCAAUACAGAGUCAAGAACCGGGCGUCAAGGUGAAAUUGUCGUCUGACAAUUACACAGACAUGAAGGGCUGCGCACGCCACGCAAGCACCAUGAUUGCGAAGACAACAUCUGAUGGUCAGACUGCGUAGGUCGUGGUAGGUGAGCACCGUCGCAAUUGCCACCCAGACAGCAAUGACGAGGAAGUGCAAAGACGAUUGUCCAAGAUUUCGCUAAGCUUGAUCAUCGCCAGACAAGCAGUUUGCUUGUCGACGGAGCAGGUCCAAUUAAAGCCUAGCAAAUCCCUGCAAGGCCCAUGGUGGCCCGGGAAAGUUGCGCCCAGGCCAGUGCCAGGCCUCACUAACAUCCGCCGGGACGGGACCCGAAUGAUACCUCGUACUCCUCCAUCAAUUUCGGGCCAAUGAUGGAGAUGAAAAAUCUUCUACGCUGGAGCUGUUCUGUAGGUCGAGAAGCGUUGAUGUGCACCGACUAUUGACCAUUAUCGGGAGUCCCAGGCGACGGACAUGUAGUAUUACCACCUGCCUAUGUGGGCGCUGUCCAUCGAGCGAAUUUCUUCUUUGCCGCUCCCAUGUCACACGACAGCAGUGUCUUACCUCGCUGCUCGUAACUAAAAGGGUCGAUACAGCUUAACUGCUUCGAUAGCCAGUGUCGGUGUCACUGCCUACAGACACUUCAAGAUGGCCAUCGACGAGGAAAAGGGCCAGGUCAACGAGGUGCCGCCAAAGGCCUUUGACGACACAGACGCCGAACUCGCCACUGGUGCCCGGACAGAGCUCUACAACAAUACAGUUGUCCAUCAAGACAAUGGCAUUCUCUCCAAGCUGCGUCGUCUUGAAGCGCGCAUGGACGCAAAACUGGGCAUCGAAUCCGAAGCAAUUGACCGCAAACGAGCAGAGGACAAAAGGCCAGUCCCAUGGCACGAGCAACUUACUAUGGCUCUUCUUUGGGCGAGUGGCACCAUGAACACCUCAUGCUUUGCUACCGGUUUUCUAGGCUGGGAAUUUGGCUUGAGCCUCAAACAGGCCCUGCUCAUCACCAUCUUUGCCAGCUUGCUUGGAGGCGCAGUCACUGGGUAUUGUGCCACCUUUGGUGCUGCCACCGGUUUACGCCAGAUCUCGGUCAGCCGCUACAGUUUCGGCUGGUGGCCGAACAAGCUUGUCGCAGCCCUGAACUCGAUCCAACAACUCGGCUGGGCUGCUGUGGGCUGCAUCACAGGCGGCUUGGCCCUUACUGCCGUCGCCGACGGCCACGUCAGUCUCGCUGUGGGGAUCAUCAUCAUCGCCGUUGUCGCGCUGGCCAUUUCUUUCCUCGGCUUGAACGCGAUUCUGGUGUACGAACGCUAUGCCUGGCUGAUCUACUUCAUCAUCUUCAUGAUCAUAUUCGGCGAGACGGGCAAAUAUGCGGAUAACACGACACCCUCAUCCCUCAAAGGCGCCACACUCUCCGGCACCGUGCUCUCAUUGCUGGCCAUCGUCUACGGCUCCAGCGCGUCCUGGUGCACCAUGGCCAGCGACUACUACGUGCACUAUCCCGCCAACGUGUCCCGGCUCAAGGUCUUCCUCAUGACGACAUUCGGCAUCGCGAUCCCAACGUCCAUCGGUAUGACGGCAGGUUGUGUGGUCGCGAGCGCGCUGAACAACAAACCCGACUGGGCCGACGCCUACGAGAACCAGGGGCUGGGCUUCCUGAUCCAAGACAUGCUCUACCCUCGUGGCUUUGCGAAGUUCCUGCUCACGCUCCUGGUCUUGUCGGGCAUCAACACGAACGUGAUCAGCAUCUACAGCGCGGCCAUCUCAUGCCAGCAGUUCUCGCGACCCUUCGCGCGCUUGCCACGCUUCGUGUGGACAUUCAUCUGUUUUGCAGCCAUCAUCGCCCUCGCGCUGGGUGGCCGCGAGCAGUUGAAUACCUACUUGAGCAACUUCUUGAGCCUGCUCGGGUACUGGUGCACCAGCUACUUCGUCAUCCUGUUCGAGGAGCAUGUCAUCUUUCGCAAGGGCAAGUUCGCCAAUUACGAUCUCGACGGAUGGAAUGAUCCAAGGAGAUUACCCCAUGGGAUUGCAGCGGCUGUGGCGUUCGGUUUGGGCGUCGUGGCUUGGGUCAUGGGCAUGGAUGAGACGUGGUUCAUUGGCCCUCUGGCGAAAAUCAUAGGAGACUAUGGAGGAGAUGUUGCGAAUGAGUUUGCGUUUGUGGUUACUGCCCUGACUUAUGCCCCGGCCAGAUAUUCGGAGUUGAGGUAUUUUGGAAAAUGACCGAGUCCUCCGCGAUAGGCGCGCGAAAGGGGGGGGAUUAAGUAUAUAAAUGCUCAAAAGAGGCGAGUCGUUAUCAUGAAUCAUGUAGAACCACUUUGCCGAAGGAGAUGCAAUGCAAUCCGUGAUACUACAUGAAUGAUGAUCGAUGGGCUUCAGCACUUGAACGUGCAGCGUUGUGAACUAUCUUCCUGAGGUUUCUCAAU